ACCAAAUGAACAAGAGGAGCCCGUUGUGACACGAGGUGAGCCCCAUCUAACAACAACAACAAACGGCAGCAAGAACAACCCUUGUGCCAGCCAGAACAACAACAUUUAUAAGUGAGAGCCGCAGAGGAGGCCCUCCAUACCUUGGCCGAUCCUCUGACGUUGUGAAAGUGAGCAGCUCUCUCACUCAGUCUCAGCUGAUGGAGGGUUUCAAGUGACCAAAACAAAAACAACAAUGGCAGAGUCGACGACUUCAGGGGAACAAUUACAAAACCUGAAAUAUUCCAUCCAUAAAUAUUCGACGUUUUCCGCCAAUUUUGUACCAGAGCUACUGCCUGGAAUGGAGUGGUGUUAGCUGAGAACUGAAUCAGCAGUUGAAGAAUUCAGUCUUGAGUCUUCUUCUUUGAAAUAUAUUAGAAGAUAAACCAACUGAUCAGUCCUCCCGAUGGUCGUCAGAUUCCAAUAACCCUCCACAGUAUUUAAUAUUGAAAUUAGAACAUCCAGCUGUGGUAAAGACGAUAACGUUUGGAAAAUAUGAAAAAACCCACGUGUGCAAUGUUAAGAAGUUUCGAGUUUAUGGUGGUCUAUCUGAUGAUAAUAUGGUGCUUCUUUUAGAAAGUGGACUGAAGAACGACACUGUUUCUGAAACCCUCGUUUUAAAACAUACCGUGUCUGGUCACCAAUUUCCUUUACGUUUUGUCAAGAUUGUUCCACUUCAGUCUUGGGGCUCAACUUUUAAUUUUAGCAUCUGGCAUGUUUCGCUUGGUGGGUGCGAUGACAGGGCUGUAGUUCAAAAAUGUAUGAACUGGUAUACAACAUACAGGGAAAGGGAAGCAAUUCGUUUAUGUCUAAAGCAUUUUCGACAGCACAAUUAUACAGAAGCUUUCGAAUCGCUCGAAAAACGAACUAGGGUUACGUUAGAAGACCCAAGACUAACAAGAUUACAUGAUCUACUAGUAUGUCAAGGAGACUUCGAUGGCUGUGAGCUCUUAAUAGCUGAUGCUGCGCGAGAGGGCUUAUUCCAGCAGUACAUUAGUCAGCAAGAAUAUAAACCACAAUGGACGCCCAUUAUUCCUACGCCUUUGGGGUCUGUGAGUGGUCACCAACGACCUGGCAUGAGAGGUGGUCAUCAAAUGUGUAUCGACACAAAUACUCAGACAAUCUACCUCUUUGGUGGAUGGGACGGAAUGCAAGAUCUGAGUGACCUCUGGUCCUAUCACAUCCCCUCUCAAGAGUGGACCUGCAUAUCUAGAGAUACUCAUGCAGAGGGUGGUCCAACUGCACGUUCCUGUCACAAAAUGUGCCUGGAUCCAGAGCGCCGCCAGAUCUUUACCCUCGGGCGAUACUUAGAUUCAGCUCUCCGAGUUUCGGAAAAUCUUAAAAGUGAUUUUUAUAUGUAUGACAUGGAGAAUAACAAAUGGACAUUAGUUACUGAAGAUACUGCAUCUAUGGGUGGACCAAGGCUUAUAUUUGACCAUCAGAUGGUCAUGGAUGUAGAGAGCCGUAUCAUUUACGUGUUUGGAGGGCGUGUUUUAACUCCCUCUCGUUGGGAAGGUUGUGUUGGAGGCCUGGGUGUAGACGAAAUCCGUAGUGCCAGCUACACGCCAAGUGAUGCAAUUUUUUCAGGAUUGUAUUCCUACCAUGUUGCCAAUAAUACUUGGGUGAAAUUGAGGGAAGAUGUUGCAGGAAACCCUAUUGGACCUCAAGACAUUAAGUCCCGUAUUGGACAUUCUAUGCUUUUCCAUACUGGAAAUCGUCAGCUGUAUAUUUUGGCAGGACAAAGGAAUAAGGAAUAUUUAACUGACUUUUUCACCUAUAAUGUAGACUCAGACACCGUUACAUAUAUUAGUGAUGGAACUCGAAAAGAUUCUGCAUCAGUUCCUUCAGCAGGUUUCACGCAAAAAGCCACUAUAGAUUCUCAGUUAAAUGAAAUUCAUGUCCUAUCUGGUUUAAGUAAAGACAAAGACAAAAGGGCAGAAAAUGUACGAAAUUCGUUUUGGGUUUAUGACAUAAAUCAAAAUAAAUGGUCUUGUAUUUUCCGUAAUGAACAAGCUGAAGACUCUUACUGGAGUAGGGUGCAGAACAUGGAACCUUGUCCAAGAUUUGCUCACCAACUAGUGUAUGAUGAAACGAAAAAGGUGCAUUACCUGUUUGGAGGCAACCCAGGGAAAGCAUCUCUUCCUAAGAUGCGGUUAGAUGACUUCUGGUCAUUACGACUUUGUAGGCCUACAGCAGAGCAGCUUUUACACACCUGCAUUCUGCUUAUCCGAAAGCAUAGGUUUAGCGAGCUGGCUCGUGACGAUUCAGUUUCUGCCUUGAAGUACCUGCAAACGCAACUGCAUAAUGCAGUAGAUCACUCUGAUCCAGUACAAGUCCAAGAGUUCCAAGCACUUGCCUCAACGCUUUUCCAGCCACCAGAGGAACCCACUGGUUUACAAGCAGUUCAUUGUGAGGAAGGAGAAAAUUCAAAAUUAAAGGGAAACAACCUGGGAUGGCAUCACAACAGUCGAACUUUGUUAUUUGAUAAGUUGACACAGUUUUUCCCAGAACAUAUGACUCAACCCAGAGGCAAUCUAGUGGAUCUCAUACCUUAUUGAAUUUGGUAAAGGUAUUGUCGAGUUGCUGAACUUGAUCUGGAUUUGAAUGGCAGCUUUUUCAAGAUCAGAAUGAAAAAAGCCAUUGAGUCCUCGUUUUUUAAUAUGCAAUGGAAUAUUCCCCUUCUUACCCCCCCUCCUCUUGCUCUCUCUUUCACUCUCCCUUCUUUCAAUUCAAGUGUUUACAUUGAAUUUACCUAACUAGCCUUGUUUUUGCUGUUUUGUUAGUUGCAUAAUAUUGUAACUUGUAUUGGAAGAGCUAUUUGAUAAUUGCUAUUGAUUGGCUGUAGUUCACUGAAGUACUGUAUUUGAAAUAAGGCAAAUUAUGUGAUAAGUUUCAUUCACUUCUGUUGGGGCAAAACUAGUAAUGAAUAUCACUCAGUAGUUAAAAAACGAUAAUGUCUUAAAAUGCAAGGAAUGAAUUUACAAUUGGCAUCUGUAAAGUGACUGAACUUUGUUGCCUUUUACCUUAUUCUAAAGUGCAAAUGAAUGUGCAGAUAGAAUGUGUACAUCACGUCAAAAGCUUAUUCUUGCAUUUUUUUUUUUAUAAUUCACGUUUCACAGCAUUAAUUGGUAGGCUUUCAAAGCAAAAGCUCUGCAAUAGAUUAAUUUCUUCCAAAUUACAAGCUGUAUUUUUUUUUACCAAAGAUUCCACAGUAUUCUAUGUAAAUUAUGAUUUAUGGGAAGUCUUUCUUUUCUCCAUCUUUCCCCCAACCACUUUAGUCCAUGUAUUUUUAUAUGGAAAUAUGGAUUAUCAUUUUUUCCAUGUUGAUUACUUUUGACAUUCGUCAACAAUUUCUCCUUUGGUUUAUUCACACUGUAUGUUUAUAUUUUAAUAAAGUUUGUUGAGUCA